GCCUUUCCCCCUUCUCGAUUCCAUCUGCCUGGUCUUCUGAAUCCCCAAAUUUUCUUGUUCUGUUUGUUAUUCUUGAUCUUUUUCGCUUUCCGCCAGGGGACAUAUAUUCUUUUCCCGCACAUAAUAUUCUUCCUGUUUCUGUUCAUUCGAUCUGAUUUCAGACGUAUAGGCGACUCUGACCUUUCUUCCUUUCGUGACUUUGACCGCGCAAUGGUUGUUGGGAUACCGUGAAAGAAAUCGCCAGACCGAAACGCCUACCACCUUCUCUCAUCCGUUUUUUUUUUUUUUUUCGCAUAUCUUCUUGCUGACGGCUGGGUCGGGCGCUUUAUCUCCUAACCAGAAAUUAUGGGAGGGCCACGAUUAAAUACGCACACCAUGUCUCCGCCGGGGUCGCAGAGCAAUAGCAGCUCUGCUGGGCUGGAUUCCAACAACUCCUCUCCCUCCGAGCGCAAAAGCACGGCUUCUCCUCCACAAGUCGCCCCUCAAAACGCCAGCGUUGAGCUCAAACAGAUGAACAAACCGGCGCGUCGCGGGGGUUCAAUUCCGCUUGGAGAGGACGUCAUGCAGAUUGCCCGAAUCGGGGAGGUCCCAGCCAUGCAAAGGUUGUUUGAUGAGAAAAAGUUCACGGCAACCCAUGCCGAUGAAGAAGGGAUAACUCCGCUACAUUGGGCGGCGAUCAACAACCAAUACGCGAUGUGCAAGUUCUUGUUGGAUUCCGGCGCCGACGUGAACGCCAAAGGAGGGGAAUCGGUAGCAACACCAGCAAUGUGGGCUGCUCAGCGAUGCCAUUAUUACAUUGUCCAUUUACUCCUCCAACGCGGCGCAGACCCUCUUCUUACGGAUGUCCAAGGAUACAACAUCUUACACCUGGCUACUAUUGAUGGAAAUGCGUUUUUAUUGGUGUUGCUGCUGCACCAGGAAAUACCGGUGGAUGUCGUCGAUCAACAGGGCCAUACCGGUCUGAUGUGGGCAGCCUAUAAGGGAUUCCCUGCGUGUGUGGACCUGUUCUUGCGCUGGGGCGCCAAUCCAAACACAGUUGACGAUGGCGGUCUCACCCCCCUUCAUUGGGCUCUGGUGAAAGGAUCCUUGCCUUGCGUUCAACGACUCGUAGAGUAUGGAGCGGAUAGGUUUUCCAAGACCAGUGAUGGUAAAACGCCCGCGAUAGUUGCGGGGGAGAUGAACACCACCCGGGUGUGGUACCGGGCUUUGGACGAGUGUGGGUAUGACCUGGACGGGAAUUCAAAGACGCUGCCUUUUGGCUUGACGACUUGGGUGAGGAGCAAAAACGCGAUGUCGAAGUUUUUCUUCCUCUGGCCCUUUCUUAUUGUCUUUGUGGCCAUUUGGAUCCUCAGCAACAUGCCGAUCUAUCUUUCCAUUCCAAGCACGCUCGUGGUGGCGUUUGGCCUACAGUGGGUAGCGCAGAAGGCGGCCAGCCAGGGUCCUUCCGAGUAUCGAGUACUCCAGAAAACACCAUAUCUAUCGGGUGUAUUUGCGGGCACUUUGUUCUGGGUUGGAGUCAGAUACGUUUUCCACGUCCUACCAGCGACUUUUUCUUCGUCCCCAAUUUUGAAUGUGUCAUUUGCAGUCUUUUUCUGCCUGACUGCAUAUUUCUAUGGUUGCUCGAUGAUAGAGGACCCCGGAUUUGUGCCCAAACUCGGCAGCCGGAACCAGCAGAGGGCUACUAUUGCCGAACUGUUCGAGCAGUGGAAGUUCGAUGAAGAGAACUUUUGUGUUUAUUGCAUGAUCCGAAAGCCCUUGCGGAGCAAGCACUGCAAGCGCUGCGCGCGUUGCGUGUCGAAACAUGACCAUCAUUGCCCAUGGAUUGACAACUGUGUCGGAACAAAUAAUCUACGCCACUUUGUCUUGUAUAUCACCUGCUUGGAGAUCGGCAUCCUCUUGUUUUUGCGAUUGACAUUCAACUACAUCAAUGUUCUGCCAUCUCCUGCGGAGGCCACGUGUAGUGUCAUCAAUGAGAAGUUGUGCUCCUAUGUUCUACGCGACACCUUUACCCUCAUUCUUGUCUUGUGGGUUUGUAUUCAGCUGGUCUGGGUCACCAUGUUGUGCGCGGUUCAGCUGGUUCAAAUAGCGCGGAACCAGACGACGUACGAGAACAUGAGAGGUCACUCGAUUGACAGGAGUUACCCAAGCUCGCGCGCCUUUGCCUCUGCCAUGACCGCUGGAACUACAUCAUUUGAUGCUGCUGGUCUCUCAUCCAACGGCCAAGGCCCAAAUCCGAUGCUUGGCUCAUCCCACCGACAACGGCGUCAUGGCUGCUUACAACAAUGGUCGUCUCUUCUCGGCGUUGACGCCUUCUUCGCGACGGCACGGGAUGGGUUGCGCGAUCGUGUGCGGACUGGCCGGCCCAAGAACCCCUUCUCCAGGGGAGUUGUUACGAAUUGCCGGGAUUUCUGGUGCGACUCGACGCCGUAUUUCGGCCGACGGGAGCCUGGAGUUGCGAUGCUCGGCGGAGAGACCAUCAACUAUAACCGCAUGUACGAAUCUCCGUCACAGAUGUAUAGUGGCGGGGGGUACCGCAGUGUAGCCGGUGAAGAGGUUUGAGGACGGUUGUCCGCAUUCCUUGCCAUUGCGGCUGUUUGUCGCCGAAGUUGACAUGAUGAUGACCAUGUACGUGGCUUAGAGGCUUUAUGUUGAUAUGUAUACAGGACAGUGUUAGAUGGAGCGUGUGAUAUCCUUUCUUGAGCUUUUGUUUGAUUGUCAUGCUUUGCAUGUAGGAUAGACCACAGGUAUUCAUAUGCUGUGCCAUGAAUAAUAAAACGGUGCGAAGACUAUUCCUCAGCCUCGAGCACCUGUUUGUAUAGACUGGAACUGGAACUGGGUCUGCAGUCAUGGUCAAGGGGUCAAGACCACCUAAUGAAGCCAGCGACCCAGGGUACUUAUUGGCACGCUGUAGGUAGAAACCAGGAUAUUUGACCGAUGCAAGUCUAAAG